UUGUGCUUUGUCAAAGGAUCUCUAUGGGAAGUUGCUCAUUGAUGGUGAUGUCCAGACUGGCUGUAGUGUUCGGGGGUUCGCGUGGCAUUGGGCGAGCAGUUUCUCAGCUGUUAGCACAGAGGGGUCAUAGGGUUGUGGUGUUGUCUAGGAAUAAGGAGGCUGCUCAGGCUACAGCUGAAUCUCUCCCUGGAGAAAAACAUUUGGGUCUAAGCUGUGAUGUCUCUAAAGAAGAAAACGUUCAGAAAGCAUUUGAGACCAUCAGUAAGACCUGUGGCACUGUGGGAUACCUGGUUAAUGCAGCUGGCAUCAACAGAGAUGCAUUGUUAUUGAGGAGUAAAUCUGAAGACAUGCUGUCUGUUCUUCACACCAACCUGCUGGGCUCAAUACUGACGUGCAGAGGCGCUCUACGGAGCAUGCUCAGUCACGGAGGAGCUAUUGUCAACAUAGCUUCCUCCCUCGCCAUUCAAAGUCAAUCGAUCACUUUUUCAUCCGACCCCAGCUAG